AUGUUAGAGGGUAUAAGAAAGGGAAUAGGAAAUAGAAUUGUUGUGAUUAAAGGUGGUGAUAAAGCUAGUGUGAUAAUAACAUUGACGGAUGGACGGCUCGAUGAUGUACAAGAAUCCAUCCAACAGGCUAAUAUAGUUCGAAAUCUUGGAGCUCGUGUCCUUGCUGUACGUGUAGGAGAUAGCGAUAUCAACGACCUUAUCGACGUCGCCGAUAAACCGACAUCGCAACAUAUAUUCAGAGGCGAUACCUUCAAUGACCUCGACAGCGUUAUUGACCAGAUCGUCAAUACAUCCUGUGUCGAAAUCCUGUCUGCUUAUCCUACUGAAGUUUGUAUCGGAGAAACGUUCAACGUCACUAUAAGAGGGAAUGGUUUUACUCGAACAAACGAUAACUCUAAAGUACUGUGUAACUUUCGACUUAAUGAUACCGAUAAUCAAGAGGUUUCGCCGUAUUCAGUGACUGACAGUGAAUUGGUUUGUGCAGCGCCACACAUAGAGGCAGAUGGGAGUUUUGUGGUGCUCCAAGUUUCGGUGAAUGGAAAGACCUUUAUAUCGAGUAAUGUUACUAUUACUGGCUCGACUUGCACACCGCCCAAUGUAACUGGUAUUGUUUUGGGCUUGUUAUUCGCUCUUCUUGCUAUUGGUCUAUUUCUUCUAUGGUGGUUCUGGCAGCUCCUAUGUUGUGUGGUUGUCGUGAAGCCUCCGCCCCCUCCCCCUUCUCCUCCUGCCUCGCCCACCGAUAAGAAGUGGCCAACAGUAGACGCGUCGUACUAUGGUGGAGGCGGAGUAGGAGGGAUAAAAGCCAUGAGGGUGAACUGGGGUGAGAAUGGUUGCACAGAGGCGGGGUCCCACCUUGAGAAAGCUAAGAACGCCAAGACUUUAGCAAUUAACGAGGAAUCAAACGGAGCGCUCCUAGGAUCAAAUGGAAGGAUGACAUGCCUAGAAGGACUCAAGAAAAAGCUUGCACAAUGUUUUGCACCAGUGAAAGCAUUAUAUGACAGAAUAGCAGUCAAAAGACCUGCACCGGGUCAAAAGGGGUACUGCUGUGCAGUCCAGCGCUGAGGGUCAUGAUCAUCGAAGUUCAUGUUUCGAGACUCAGAAUGUCGUAAUCUUGGAUCAAACUAUUUGCAAUACUUGGAUACAUUCACAAUUUCAUGAUGUAUAUAUUUUUUUAGAACUUGUGAUAAUCACCAAAACACCUCCUUUAUCAGGAAAACCAUUCCCAAGAAUAUUAUAGUAGCUACAGAUUGUGUAAAGUUUAUUUUAGAAAGCUAGGCUGUUGUGAAGUUUAAAUACAAUCAUCCUCAGUUGAAUAAUAAAUUUAUGGCUGUAUGUUUUAUGCUAAAAUAUCAAUUAGUCGCAAAGAAAUUGGAAUUCAUAUUAUUGUAUCAUUGCCUGGAUAUUGGCUUUGAUUUUAAUUAUUAUUCCUAUUCCUUAUUAUUGCUGUCAUCACAUUCAUGUGACCAUUUCAACACCACUUGCAUUUUUUAUGUGCUGAAAAUGUUAUUAGCAUAGUCAUGAAAUUUAAAUAUAUUUUAUUUAAAUAAUCUCUCAUAGCCUACAGUUGAUGCUUAUGAUGUGAAUACAUUAGUCAAAAGAAUAUUUUUGUACAUAUGCAGAAUAAUAUUGUACAUACUUUUGUAAGAUAUGUUUUUUUUUCUAUUUAGGUAAUAUUUCUACCAUGUAUUACUGUACAUUACAUUCAUCAUCCUCUAUACUACUGAAUAAUAAUGGCCACCUGUUUAGUGUUUUAAUAACGGUAGCAUUGUGAUGCUAGCUGCAAAUAGACAUUAUUACACCAGUCAUAGGCGAAAUGCAAGCUUCCUAAGUGACUGGCAAACAUGAUAUAGCAUAUUUGGUUCGCCUGCGGGGAUCCCAUUUCAUAAAGAAUUAGUAAUAAAUGCAAAAUUUCUAUAUCAAGUUUACCAUCAACCCAUCAAAUUGAACGAUUUCAGUAGCUUUAAACUGCUAUCCAAUUUUUAUGACACGGGCCCUGGGUUGAGAGUGGCAAAUGUAGAUGAACUUCUUGCCAAAGGACUUGCUUUGAUGGCAAUUGAAUCUCGGACCCUAUGGUUCAAAGACCGUGGACUUAUUCACCAGUCCACUAAUCAAGUUAAGAAAAGCUUGAAGGUAUAUGUUGAAUACAUGAAUGAUUAAAAUCACAUAAUUUGUUUUACUAUACAUCACUAAUUGCACACUUCAAUUCAUGUAACGUAGAUAUAGGUCACUUGAUAAGGUACAUUUGUUGGUCUCAUAUGCAGUUUAAGUACAGCAAAAUAUCAUUAUGGAACUGAUGUAUAACAGGGAAAUAGCCUAACACAUCUUAGUUGGGUUUUGACAUGAUCUACUGAUCAACUUUACCAAGAAUAACAAAUUUGUGAAAUUAAUUAAUACAGUUAAUUUUUAGGAUCCUUGCCUUCACUGUUUGUACAAUUAAACCGACUAAAUAUAAUAAACUAAUAUAUGAAAAUUAUACAUUGUCUAAUGAUAACCGAGCAAUAUAGAAUUGACAUAUACUAGUUUCAUCAUAAAUUUAGAAUGUAUGCCAUUUUUUUAAAUGAAUACUGGUAGUAUAAUGAUAGUUUAAAGAUGCAUUCUAUUCAGUUGGCACAUAUAUAUAAAUGUUUUGUACACAAAUGAUAAAAAAACAUUUCUGCAGU